UCCACUCAACGCCAGCCACCAAUUUCCAAAUUAAACCAGUAAUCGAACUUGAAACAAAAUAUGAAUCACACACACGCUUACAAACACACACUAGCCCCCUUCUAUGCUUAACGUUGCAACAUUUGUUUACCUGAUACCACUUCAUCAAUUUGAGAGAUGAAGGCCUUGGGGGCCUCGCAUUUCAACUUCUUUGUGAGCAGGCAGAGAGAGAGCUCACAUGAAUUUCGUUUUCUGCUACAUCAAAAGCGUGUAGCGUAUGGGGUUGUCUUGUUCAGGGCAAACCUUGCCAUUUCUUCAGCCUCCUCUUCUCAGAAAAAUCUGGGAAAUAAAGCAAUCCAGACAGUGAGCUUGGACCAGCCUAAAACUGUUCGAGUGAGGUUCAAAUUGCACAAGCAAUGCGCGUUCGGGCAGCAAUUUCUCGUAGUUGGGGAUGAUCCAAAUCUUGGAUUAUGGGACCCUUCUAGUGGGGUGCCCUUGAACUGGUCUGAAGGGCAUGUGUGGACUGCAGAAGUGGAUGUACCUUGUAGCAAAGUGGUCAGUUACAAGUUUAUACUUGAGGAAAUAGAUGGAACUAUAUCAUGGCAGCCUGGUCCUGAUAGAUUUCUUGAAACGUGGGAUACUGCUAAGACAAUAUCUGUGUCAGAAGAUUGGGACAGCCCCGAUUUCCAGAACGUUGUUGAAGAGGAAACCAUAGUUGUGGAUGAUCUAAAUGAGUCAACCUUCAUUGCUGCUAAUUGGGACCAAACUUCUGAUGUAGGGGAGGAGGAAGUCGAUGCUAAUGUUUCGAGUUUGUUGAUUGCUGAAGAUUUGAACCGAGGAGUGGUGGAAGAAGGAAAUAAUGUGAUGAAGGAAGAACUUGAUGUUAAUGAAUGUACGAGUGGUCACUCAGACGAGCCUUCCAUGCUCAUGGUUGCAGAAAAUAUUACUGAGGAGCAAGAUUCGAGUGUGGCUGGUGAGGAAGAGGAAGAAACGAUGUUGGGAGAUCAUGGUAGGAUGGCGACCAAUGGAAGUGAUUCGUCUACCUUGAAACAUGAGACGAGGCUAGACAUAGUCGAAGGGUUUCCUGUCCUUGUACCGGGAUUAGCUACAUUUCCACCAGAGGAGGUUGCAGCAGAAGAGGCAGAGGCAGAGGCGAAGGCGAGCAGCAUUGUUAGAAGCACAACAGCUGUGUCUGAUGAAAUUGCUGAAGUUACAACUACUGUUUUUGAUGAGAUUGAGGAUUCAACUUAUCCAAAACAGAAAAACAACAUCACUGUCGAAGAUACUGCUACUGAAUCUGAUGAAAUCGAGGAUUCAUCUGAUCUAAACCCGAGAAACAACAACACUGUUGAAGACACUACGACUGAAUCUGUUGAAACUGAAGGUGCAACCACCAAGCUAGAGAUUCGCGUCUCUGCAGCGCAGCAUCAUGCAGAAGCUAGUGAGGUGACGGUGGUGGAGGAGAAGCUGCGGCUCAAUAAUGAUAGGCAAUGGGGAAGAAGAGCUCUUCACAAAUUUCUUGCCAAUCUUGGAUUCAUGCAACGUAAUUAAGGUUAUGUAGCUACCAGUUUUCUUCUUGUGUUAUGAAAGAGAGUUUCCACUUGGUCUUGUUUGAUGGGGUUUGGACAUUUUCUCCUUUGUUUUAGUAAGCUAUGUAUAUUAUUAGUGCUAAACUUUUGUAGAGCAUGAGAGUUUGUGUGCAUGUAUUGGCGACAAGAAGAAA